AGGAAGUUUAAAUUUGGUGCCGACCCACGUGUGUGGUUUGGUUUCAGGCAAGGCGGGGAUGGCUUGCUGGAAUUCAAAGCUUUCUGGGAUUCCCUCAUUGUUGUGAUACAAGCUGAGGUUCUCGCUGGAUUGUCUGCAGCUAGCUGUCAUUUUCUCCAACGUUGUCGCGCAAUGGAGAAACGCCCAUCUGCAAUAAUUCUUAUGACCUUCGCCUCCUCUGCACACCGAAGCGUAUUUCUUGGAUCCAGCGAUGCGGGGAGCGUUCUGACUUUGGUUGUCAGUUGAAUUGACAUUUAUUUAACGAGAAGUGAAGUGCCUACCUACAAUCUAUUCUACCGAUUUAACGUAAUAUUUUAAAUAAUCACGACUGAAGCAGAUGCCCCUGGUUCUGUCACCCCGGCUAUACUAUGUUGGAAUUUCCAUUUCUCAUUCCAUAUUGGCCUCUCAUCCGCUUUCUGGUGCCCAUGGCUAUUACCAAUGUAGCCAUCGACCUCGGUGAACAGGCUCUAAACCGGGGUUUAGCAGGCUUUAAAGAGGAUGCGGUUCAGAUGCUUGCCAGCUAUGGGCUGGCCUAUUCCCUAAUGAAGUUCUUUACUGGGCCCAUGAGUGACUUCAAGAACGUGGGCCUGGUGUUUGUCAACAGCAAGAGGGACCGGGGCAAGGCUGUGCUGUGCAUGGCGGUAGCAGGCACUACGGCAUUCAUCAUUCAUGUUCUCAUAGCCCAGACAGACCUAGGUUACUACAUUAUCAAUAAGCUGCAUCAUGUGGAUGACUCCGUGGGUAACAAGACCAGGAGGGCUUUCCUCUACCUGGCAACUUUCCCACUGCUGGACGCCAUGUGUUGGAUACAUGCUGGAAUCCUCCUCAAGCACAAAUACAGUGUCAUUGUAGGCUUUGCCUCCAUCUCUGAUGUCAUCACCCAGAUUGUGUUUGUGUCCGUCCUGCUGCGUAGUAACCUGCCGUGUGUGGAGCCCCUUCUCAUCCCCAUCCUCGCCCUGUACAUGGGAGCCCUGGUGCGCUUUGUCAUCUUGGGCCUGGGCUACUACUACAACAUUCACGACAACAUCCCAGACUCCAGUGGAGUUGACGUGGGGGGAGAUGUCACCAUCGGGAAGAUGUUGAGUUUCUGGUGGCCUCUGGCCCUCAUCCUGGCUACCCAGCGGAUCAGCAGGCCCAUCGUCAACCUCUUCGUGUCCCGGGACCUCCAUGGCAGCAGCACAGCUACUGAGGCUGUGGCUGUCCUCACUGCCACCUACCCUGUGGGUCACUUGCCGUACGGCUGGCUGACCGAACUGAGGGCCAUCUAUCCUGCUUUCGACAAGACCAAUCCCAGCAAUAAGCUUACUUCUGGCACACCGGUUACAAAGACGCAUAUCAAAAAGUUUACAGCCUGUUGUUUGGCACUAUCACUUACGCUCUGCUUCGUGGUGUUCUGGACCCCUCACGUCUCGGAAAUGAUCCUGGUGAAUGUGAUUGGGGUGGACUUGGCCUUCGCUGACCUCUGUGUUCUUCCACUGAGGAUCUUCUCCUUCUUCCCUCUGCCAGUGAUAGUCCGGUCCCACCUGACCGGUUGGUUCAUGACCCUGAAGAUGACCUUUCUGCUGGCCCCCAGCUCUGUGCUCCGCAUCAUCGUCCUCAUCACCAGCCUGGUCGUGUUGCCUUCUAUUGGUGUCCACGGGGCCACUCUGGGGGUUGGGUCCUUGUUGGCUGGUUUCAUAGGGGAAUCUAUCAUGGUGGCCCUAGCUGCCUGCUAUGUCUAUCAAAAACAGAAAAACUAUGAGAUGGCCAGCAAGCUGGUGGUGGAGGGAGAGGAGUCUGUUCCUCCGAGUGAGGUGUGUUCCAGAACUCAGAAGGACGCAAUCGAGGAGCUCCAGGAGGAAGAGGAGGAACUGGAGUAGAGGCACUCGAAGGGAAAGGGACAGGAGAAAAUGGAGCUAAAAGCCACAGAGAAAGGGAAUUCCAGUGGGUAGGCCCUAAUAGGACCAUCGGUAGGCCCUAAUACCGGACCUGAGAGAAUCACACAGAGUCCUUAACCCUUUACACUCAUACUCAUACUGGUUGGAAAGUGUAGAUUUGGGCACUAAUAAGAGCCUAAAUUGGAAUGUUGUGGCUGUACCGUAACAUGCUAUAUAUGAUUUCACAGCACUGUAUGGGUUUUGACUGACAGCCAUUCUGAACUUGAGUACCCUGUGCGACAAGAAGUUGCCCCCAUCCCUCCUGAUAAUUGGGCAACUCUUGCAAUUUUUGUCUGAGAAUGCUUUAAAUUAAAAAGAUGACUAUAUUUUGAAAGAUGAGAUGAUGAUUAUAAUAAAUGCCGCUUUGAUGUCAAACCA